AUGUCCCCUUGUCCUGAAGAAGCCGCCAUGAGAAGGGAGGUGGUGACUCGGAUUGAAACUGUGGUGAAAGACCUCUGGCCAACAGCGGAUGUGCAGAUAUUUGGCAGCUUUAGUACAGGUCUCUAUCUCCCAACAAGUGACAUAGACCUGGUUGUCUUUGGAAAGUGGGAGCGUCCUCCAUUGCAGCUGUUGGAACAAGCCCUUCGGAAGCACAACGUGGCUGAGCCAUGCUCCAUCAAAGUCCUUGACAAAGCUACAGUGCCAAUCAUAAAGCUCACUGACCAGGAGACUGAAGUUAAAGUCGACAUUAGCUUUAACAUGGAGACUGGUGUCCGGGCAGCAGAGUUCAUCAAGAAUUACAUGAAGAAGUACUCCCUGCUGCCGUACUUGAUCUUAGUGUUGAAACAGUUCCUCCUGCAGAGGGACCUGAACGAAGUCUUCACCGGAGGGAUCAGCUCCUACAGCCUCAUCUUAAUGGCCAUCAGCUUCCUGCAGUUACAUCCAAGAAUUGAUGCCCGGAGAGCUGAUGAAAACCUUGGAAUGCUUCUUGUAGAAUUUUUUGAGCUUUAUGGAAGAAAUUUUAAUUACUUGAAAACUGGUAUUAGAAUAAAAGAAGGAGGUGCCUAUAUCGCCAAAGAAGAGAUUAUGAAAGCCAUGACCAGUGGGUACCGACCGUCGAUGCUGUGCAUUGAAGACCCCCUGUUGCCUGGGAACGAUGUUGGGCGGAGUUCCUAUGGGGCCAUGCAGGUGAAGCAGGUGUUUGACUACGCCUAUAUUGUGCUCAGCCACGCCGUGUCACCGCUCGCCAGGUCUUACCCCAAUAGGGAUUCUGAAAGUACUUUAGGAAGAAUCAUCAAAGUCACCCAGGAAGUCAUUGACUACCGCAGGUGGAUCAAAGAGAAAUGGGGGAGCAGAGUCCUCCCGUCUCCAGACCUGGACAACAGGAUCAAGAUAAAGGAGAGGAUCACCACCUGCAAUGGGGAGCAGAUGAAGAGCCGGGAGCCCAGCUCCCCUUACAGCCAGCGCCUGACUCUGUCCCUGUCCAGUCCCCAACUGCUGUCCUCGGGCUCCUCUGCGUCUUCCGUGUCCUCGCUCUCUGGAAGUGACAUUGACUCAGAUGCGCCGCCGCCCUGCACCACGCCCAGUGUUUGUCAGUUCAGCCUACAAGCACCCACCACCCUGAUGGCCAGCCUGCCCACAGCCUUGCCAAUGCCCAGCAGCAAACCUCAGCCUACUGCUUCCAGAACACUGAUCAUGACAACGAACAAUCAGACCAGGUUUACUAUUCCCCCGCCGACCCUUGGAGUAGCCCCCGUCCCUUGCAGACAGGCUGGUGUUGAAGGAACCCCAUCUUUGAAGGCCGUUCACCAUGUGGCUUCCCCAGCCAUCCCCUCGGCAUCCCCCAGUACACUGUCUAGUCCUCAUCUGUAUCACAAACAGCACAGCGGCAUGAAGCUGUCCAUGAAAGGCUCUCAUAACCACACCCAGGGUGGUGGCUACAGCUCUGUGGGCAGUGGAGCUGUGAGGCCUCCAGUUGGCAACCGGGGACACCACCAAUACAACCGCACUGGCUGGAGGAGGAAAAAACACGCGCACACGAGGGACAGCCUGCCCGUGAGUCUCAGCAGAUAAUGGCUCCGAGCUGCUCCCACCCCAGACUGCCCAUGGGCCUCGGGUACCUCACGCAGGGAACCGAGACCAGCAUCCAGCACCUCCACCGUGGGCUGCCGAGUGCUGCCCAGCACUGGUCACUCUGCAUGUUUGUGUGGUGGCCGAAUCCAUCUGAUAGAGCAGCUCCCUGCGCUCAUCUGUGAAGCCUUACUCAACGUGGAUGUGCGUCUGCCUGCCUAGAAGUCUUCGUCCAUGCCCAGCAGGGCGGCUCAGGAGUGGCAGGGACCGGCUGUGGUCCUGCGGUUUUGCAGCGGUUGUCUGUCUGUCCCAGGCAGAGAAGUCACGCCCUGCUGAGCAUCUUUCUUGCGGGAGUGUGCAGGCUGCCGCUUUACUGCCCUCAUGUCUUGUUUGAAACUUUGGGACUGUUUUUCUAUGUAAAUAUUGAGAACUUAUGAUUUGUGCAAUAACUCAGAUAUUUUUUAUUUAAUUUCAUAUUUUCACAUAAGUUAUAUUUAAGGGAGGAGGGAAUUUUUUUUAAACACGCUUAGAUCCUUUCCCAAUUUGCAUUUUCUAAGUUGGGUUCCUCGUGUUGGCUGGUUGUCUGUUAAGCGUCAUUACAUGAACACCGUGAGGAGGGGCUUGUGGGCUUUCUUUUUUAAGUCUUUUCUUUUGGUCAGAUGCAGUGAAGGAGCCAAGUCAAUCAUGAUGGUUUUGUGAGGCGUUUGGCUCCCAGGCUCCAGCGUAUACCUGGCAGCCUUGCUGUAGGCCUUGGGCUGUUGUCCUGCUCUGACCACAAGGUCUGACAUUUUGGGUUGGGUUUUUAAAAUUAGACAGCAAAUCCAGCAUUUAAAGUGCCAGAAGUAAAAACCUCUGUGGGGAAAAGAGGUUGUCACAUCAUACAAAUCUUAAAGUAUUGUGACUGUGGACAUGCUUCAGUCCGUUAAAUGGUGUGGUCUAGAACUAUGGGCCUGAGAGUAUCAUUACAGACAAUGGCACCCAGAUUUAGGAAUGUGGAGAAAGGAAUUUCGUUGAUUCCAUUGAGGAAUCUGCAUAGCGGUAUGCACUCGUUCUGUUAAGAGCAAAUAUCUGAAAAGUACCUCCGCUGUUCAGGGCACGUGGGGAGUAUUUUAACGUAUCACAGGAGAGCACAGCCCAGCGUGGGCCCGGGAGCAGCUGGUGCCUGGCGUCAGAAGCAUACAGGUAUACUAUGCAAGUGUAUUCUGCCACAACAACCACUGUCUUUGUUACUUUUUUUGAACAAGAAUAUAUCCAUCGCCUAAUCCCAAGUCUCUGAAGCAGCACAGUUGUCCUGGGAGUGCUUGCAUCUUGAAGGCCCUCUGGCUUCCAUUUCUGAAAUGGGGCUCUGGCCCUGCUAAACACUACAGGUAGGUCCGCCUUUAAGUCCCCUAGUAGAGAAUGUCAAGACAAGAAGCUGAUGGCUGUGACAUCUGACUGACGUGCAACAGUGGGAGUUCUAGAUUGAUGUCUGAAUGUGAUGGAUGCCUAGCCAAGGACAAGUUCUGCGUGUCUGGGUCCGCCUCUCGUUGCUGUGGUGGGGCCACUGACUCUGGGAGACAGGUCCAGAGCAGAGUAGCACAUGGGGUCUGCAGCUCGUGAGGAUUGGAGUCGUCCAAAAUAUUUAAAACUAUUUAAAUUGUGAAACCUGUUGCUAAAGAAUAUUUAUGAACACUGGUCCAUAGGCCUGUACUAAUUUACACAUUAGCAAUAUUGACUGUACCUGCAUUAAGGAGCCACCGUGGGGCCGUGCGAGUGACCCGCAGAUGUGCGUUUUAAAGUUCUGUCCCAGGCACAGGUAUGUGUCCAUCCCGCAAUGGUGAACCAGAUGAAUUGGCUGGCUACCACUGUGGCCACAUGCAACAGUUUGACAAAAAGAUAUCAUGUUUCAAUUUUGUGUGUGGACAACAAUGUGGACACUAAAAUUGACAUAUUUUUAUGUAAAGUUUUUCUAUUCUUUGAUUUUUAAUAAACUUUAGAAACCA